CGGAGCCGCCGGGGCCGGGGCCGGGGCCGGGAUGGCGGCGGGGGGGGCCCGGGAGCGGGGCCGGGGCCGGGGCCGCUGACAGCCGGGGCCGCGCCGCCGCCGCAGCAUGUACGGGAAGGGCAAGGGCUCCGGCGUGCCCUCGGACGGACAGGCCCGAGAGAAGCUGGCGCUGUACGUGUAUGAGUACCUGCUGCACGUGGGGGCCCAGAAAUCAGCCCAGACCUUCCUGUCGGAGAUCCGAUGGGAGAAGAACAUCACAUUGGGAGAGCCUCCCGGCUUCCUGCACUCCUGGUGGUGUGUGUUCUGGGACCUGUACUGCGCCGCUCCCGACCGCAGGGAGACCUGUGAGCACUCCAGCGAGGCCAAAGCCUUCCAUGACUACAGCGCGGCGGCGGCUCCCAGCCCGGUGAUGGGGAACCUGCCCCCCGGUGACGGCAUCGCGGGGGGGCCCAUGCCCCCCGCCUUCUUCCAGGGACCCGCGGGCUCUCAGCCUCCGCCCCACAACCCCGGGCCCCCCCUGCUGGGGCCGCACAGCCAGCCCUUCAUGUCCCCCCGGUACCCCGGCGGCCCCCGGCCCCCGCUCCGGAUGCCGAACCAGCCCCCAGUGGGUGUCCCAGGCUCGCAGCCACUGCUGCCCAACGCCAUGGACCCGGCGGCGCGGUCACAGGGGCAUCCCGGCAUGGGGGGCCCGAUGCAGCGCAUGAACCCCCCCCGAGGCAUGGCCGGCAUGGCCCCCCAGACCUAUGGCAGCGGGAUGCGCCCCCCCCCCAGCUCGCUGGCCGGCCCUGGCAUGCCCACCAUGAACAUGGGUCCCGGUGGCCGCGGGCCUUGGCCGAACCCCAACGCCAACUCCAUCGCCUACUCCUCCUCAUCCCCCGGGAACUAUGUGGGCCCUCCCGGGGGUGGUGGCCCCCCCGGCACCCCCAUCCUGCCCAGCCCCGGAGACUCCACCAACUCCAGUGAGAACAUGUACACCAUGAUGAACCCCAUCGGGCCCGCGGGGACCCGGCCCAAUUUCCCGAUGGGGCCCGGACCCGAGGGGCCCAUGGGGGGCAUGAGCGCGAUGGAGCCGCAUCACAUGAAUGGAUCCUUAGGCUCCGGGGACAUGGACGGGCUGCCAAAGAGCUCCCCCAGUAACCUGGGGGCCCUGAGCAACCCCCCCGGCACCCCCCGGGACGACGCGGACCUGAGCAGCAACUUCCUGAACCCCUUCCAAAGCGACAGCUACUCGCCCAGCAUGACGAUGAGCGUGUGAGCCCCGCCAGGCCGGACCCCUCCCCCCCCCCGGAAUCCUCAUCAGUGAUCAAUAAUCAAUGAUCAAUAAUUAUCAAUCACAUCCCCCUCCCCUCCCCCCCCGUGAGAAAACACUAAACACAGAAUGGGGACAAUUGAGGAAGAAUUAGGAAUAAGUC